AUGACAAGGAAGAGGUAUAGCAGCAAAGAAAAUGCUGAAGCACCAGACCUGUGUACACAUCCUGGAGAUGAAACGACUGCGCGACCACUGUCCUGGCCCCUAUUAUCUAGUCGAAGCAGUUGCACAGAGAAUACAGAUAACAAGACAAAGCACACGGUUGCUGUAUCUAAUGUUGGGCCUGAAAGCACACAGGCCGUUGUCGAGCCUAUGACUUCGAUGAUGCAGGAAAUGGUUGACCUUCGCACACGAAUGGCAGAAUUAGAACAAAGACGUCGGCAGGAGGCAGAGUGGAUCCCGUAUUCUCCAAGCGUCAAUUUAAAUGGUAACAAUGAUAAUCAAUCAGCACCGCCAGCAUAUGUACACGAUCAAGCUUUUCUGGGUUCUCAUUAA